AUGCGCGUCGACAUAUUCUGCAAGGACAAGACCCAUAUUGUGCAAACAUACAUCGACGAUAUCUUCAUCCAGUUCAAUAUCCUCUCCAUUCGAAAUAACAUCGCUCUCUUGAACAUCGGACACAUUAAUUCUUAUAUGGCGCUCGCCCAUGUUCCGGACGGCAAAUUUCAAGCGAUGGCACUAGCAAAGGUCAGAUAUCUGAUUCGCAGGGUUGAGAAGAUUCCACAAUACAAGAGAACUGCAGCACAGAGGUACUUGCUCGAGUAUUGGCGCGAACCGGCUUUUCAAUAUAAUGACCCUCGAUCCCCCGUUGCCUUUCGGCUCCCUCUGGUGGUGUAUGCCGACGCUUCAAGGUGGGGAAUCGGCGUUUCCAUACCAUCCAUUGGUCUUAGUCUAGCGUGGUACUGGGAUCGGGUCUCCGACAAGCUCCCCGUUGGAAGGGACAACCAAAUUGUCAUGUCGUGGGCCGAGCUCAUUGCAGUCGAAGUAGCUAUUCAUACUUUGAUUACCAUGAAGUUUCAUCGUAUGGGCUACCCGCUUGUCCUUCUUUCGGACAAUAAAGGGGUGGUCAAUGCGCUCAACGCCGGCAGGUGGAAAGAUGCCUAUAACCUUGAUGGCAUCGUCGAUCGUAUUGAAAGGACUUGUGGGCGCCAUAAGAUGUUCAUGGAGAUCUAUUGGGUGCCUUCUUAUGCCAACAUUGCCGACAAACCAUCGAGAGGUCGAUUUGUGUCGAAGGAGGGCAUACGGGAUAUGGUUCGCUUGUGGGAGGAAGUUGACAAGUGUUACGGGCACAGUAGGCGUGGGAGGGUCGUACCAAAAGCUUUGAAACCGCUAAUUCACCCGGCUCAUGAGCAGGAUAUUACUGUAACUAGCCUCUAA